CUCAUGAAAGUUGAGCUGUUGAAUUCUACACAAGCGAUGAAACGCGACGCGACACAGAUCGGAUCUCUUUAUGUGUUGAUUAACGGGAGCGCGGCAGUUCUGACGCGUCGCGUCGCUCUCGCGCUGAUAGGCGUGUUCACGCGUGACUGAGUUUCAAACUCUCAGCUGGACUGAAGAACUCUAGAAAACUCCAUGUGGACGCGGAACACAAGAUGUCGCGGAUAUUAAGCGCGUUGAACGCUCGCGUUAUUAAAGACUUCACGGGAAGAUUCGGGCGGAUUUCUGCGCGGAGCUUCACAGCUGAUGACGGUGAUGGAGCUGCUGGAGUUUUGGGCAAGCGUCUGAAGGACACGGCAGAGACGGUGAUCAUCGGUGGCGGGUGUGUCGGGGUCAGUCUGGCGUAUCAUCUGGCCAAAGCGGGACAGAAGGAUGUGGUGCUGCUGGAGAAGUCCGAGCUGACGGCCGGAUCCACGUGGCACGCGGCGGGACUCACCACAUACUAUCAUCCCGGCAUUAAUCUGAAGAAGAUUCAUUAUUACAGUAUUAAACUGUUCGAGCAGCUGGAGGCCGAGACAGGACAGGCUGUGGGCUUCCAUCAGCCUGGCAGCAUCAGACUGGCAUCGACUCCUCUCAGGGUGGAUGAACUGAAAUAUCAGAUGGGCAGAACACACUGGCACCCCACCCCACAGUUCCUCAUCGAACCUGAGAAGAUCCAGGAGCUCUUUCCACUGCUCAAUAUGAACAAGGUGUUGGCGGGUCUCUAUAAUCCCGGUGAUGGCCACAUUGAUCCGUAUUCUCUGACGAUGGCUCUGGCGGCGGGUGCCCGAAUGUACGGUGCUCAGAUUUAUUACCCCGCCCCUGUUACAGGUGUCACGGCAACCGCUGAUGGCAAAUGGGACGUCCAGACCCCACAUGGAACCAUCCGAGCCAAUCGCAUCGUAAAUGCAACAGGAUUCUGGGCGCGAGAGUUGGGUCACAUGAUUGGCUUCCAGCACCCCACCGUCCCAGUGCAUCACCAGUAUGUCGUCACGGCAACAGUUCCCGAGGUGAAGGCCCUGAAGGCGGAGCUUCCCGUGAUCAGGGAUUUGGAGGGGUCGUAUUACCUGCGUCAAGAGCGAGACGGGCUGCUGUUCGGCCCGUACGAGAGAGAGGAGAAGAUGAUGCUACAGGACUCGUGGAUCACAGAUGGAGUUCCUCCAGGUUUUGGUAAGGAGUUGUUCGAGUCAGAUCUGGACCGUAUCAUGGAUCAUGUGGAAAUGGCGAUGGAGAUGGUGCCGGUUCUGAAGAAUGCUGAAAUCAUUAACAUCGUCUCUGGACCAAUCACAUAUACUCCUGACCUGCUGCCCAUGAUCGGACCGCACCAGGGCGCUCGCAACUACUGGACCGCCAUCGGCUUCGGGUAUGGGAUCAUUCAUUCUGGAGGCGUUGGGAAGUUUCUCAGCGAUUGGAUCAUGAGCGGCGAACCUCCGUAUGACCUCAUCGAAUGUGACCCGAAUCGUUACGGUCACUGGACGACUGCACCGUUCCUGUGCGCCAAAGCCAGAGAAUCGUACGGAUUCAACAACAUCGUGGGUUACCCAAAAGAGGAGCGUUUCGCGGGCCGGCCGACUCACAGGGUCAGUGGUGUGUACGAGCUGUUGAAGGACAAAUGUUCCAUGGGGUUCCAUGCGGGCUGGGAGCAGCCACACUACUUCUACAAACCUGCAGACGAGACGGGAUACAAGCCCAGUUUCAGAAGGACUAACUGGUUCGGGCCGGUCGGCCGCGAGUGUAAACUGGUGAUGGAGAAAGUGGGUGUGAUUGACCUUUCACCCUUUGGGAAGUUUAUGGUGACAGGAGAAGAUUCACAGCAGCUGCUGGAGCGUCUGUUUGCCAACACACUGCCGAAGGUGGGUCAAACAAACAUCAGUCACAUGUUGACCCCGCGGGGGCGUGUCUAUGCUGAGGUCACCGUUACCCAUCUCACACCAGGAGAAUUUCUGCUCAUCACAGGCUCUGGGUCAGAACUGCACGACCUCAGAUGGAUUGAGCGUGAGGUGAUGGAUGGGGGUUAUCGUGUGAGCGUGUCUAAUGUCACAGAUGAGAUCGGCGUGUUGGGUGUCGCCGGGCCGAACUCUCGCAAGGUUCUUCAGAAACUGACAGAUGAAGAUUUGAGCGACGCUGGAUUCAGAUUCCUGCACUGCAGAUCCGUUGAGCUGAACGGCGUUCCUGUACGAGCCAUACGUAUAUCAUACACAGGUGAGUUGGGUUGGGAGCUGUACAUGGACAUGAGGAACAUGAGUGCUGUGUAUCAGUCACUGAUGGACGCUGGACAGGAUGAGGGAAUCGAUAACUUUGGCACAUACGCCAUGAACUCACUGAGACUGGAGAAAGGAUUCAGAGCAUGGGGAGCUGAGAUGAAUUGUGACACGAAUCCUCUUGAAGCUGGUUUGGAUUAUUUCAUCAAACUCAAUAAGUCUGCAGAUUUCAUCGGUAAACAGGCUCUGCUGGAGAUCAGGUCUCAGGGUUUGAAGCGCAGACUGGCAUUUCUCACGCUUCAAACGGACGACAUCGACCCGGAGGGCAACGAGACCAUCUGGCACAACGGCAAAGUGGUUGGGAACACGACGUCUGGAGCGUACAGCUACAGCACACAGCAGAGUCUGGCGUUGGGUUAUCUGCCCGUGGAGCUUCUUACUGUGGGUCAGAGACUGGAGGUGGAGCUGCUGGGUCAGAAAUAUCCAGCCACUGUCACUCAAGAACCGCUCGUCCUCACAGAACCUGCCAGAACCAGACUGCAGAAGAAGAGCAGAAGAGUCUGAGCGCACACAUGGAGUGUUAGCAUCUUAGCAUAUAAUGUGUAACACAUCCAGUGAUUCCCGUAUAUUGUUAUAAUGACCUCCUGUAUAUCUCUGUACUGUACACAAUCUCUCUGACGCUUUCAUCACUGUAUGUUAUAACGUUUAUGAUCAUGUGACAUCAAUGUAGGAUGUGUUUAACCCUUUAUUUUUAAAGAUCAGUACACUGAAUACAGCGUGUGCUGGACUGUUCAGUUCAUUUGUGUCGUAAUGUUGAUUACUAUUAAAAUGGAUUUCGACUCGUCCUUCCUUUUCAUUAAAUAUGCACAAAUGUGUGUUCCAGUGACACCAGUGGGGGCAAUUUUUGGAGGUUUAAAGUCAGAAAUGUGAAGAUUAUAAUUGUAUAAAAAUCACAUUCAUUCUUCUGUUAAACGUGUGCAUUAUUUGAGCUGUAAAUUUUUUUAAAUCGUCAUAUUUUCGGACAUUUUAGGAUUUACAGCAUUACAUUGUCAUGGUAACGAAGUUCUGAAAUUGUAUAAUUGCCUGUAUCUCUCCACAGAUGUGGUUAAUAAGUGAUUUAAUGACAGUAAAAUCAUGUUAACACAUAUUGUUUAUGUCUUGUGUCUAUAAUAUACUCACUGUUUCAAAUGUUUACAGAUUAAACCCCAUUGACUUCCAUUGCUGGAAUAU